CGAACUGGAGCAACGAAAAGACAACAAUAGCAGCGCUCAGAACUAAUAAGCUGCAGAGAGAGAGCCAGAGCAUUUGCAAGAGAGAAAAAGAGAGUAUGUGAACCAAAACGUCUACAGGGCAGCAGAAGUAUAUGUGUAUGGGAGAGAGAAAGAGAGAGCGACAGAGAGAGAGAAAGAAAUAACCCAUUUGGGUACGUUGUAAUUUAGCAAGACCCGCACAGAAUUUUUGGUGGCAAACGGCGCUCAGUGCUCAACGUGUCGUCGUGCUGUGAAAAAGUCGUACUGGAAAUUGGGCAGCUCUCUGACAGCGCUAGUCCACCCACCGCCAGCUGCUCGAACCUCAAGCUGCUGCUACACUACGUAUGCGGAAUUGCCGCCGGUUGUAAAACAGCAGAGCAAACAGUUUUGCAUAAUAUCUAUAGCAAAUAUAAAUAACAAAUAAAAGCAACAGCAAGCGAAUUAGUGUUUGAACGCAAUCAACAGUUUAGUGUAAAUAUUAAAAAAAAAAACAAAAAAACAUAAACAACAACAACAACAACAAUAAUAACAAACAAAUGCUUGUGAAGUGCAGCGUAAAGCGAUUUGUCGCAUUUUUCUAAUUCACAUUCACCCGCAAUUUCCGCAGCCAAAACGCCGCUCGUGUUAUCAGUUUUUACAGGCUGAAUAACGCUGCAGGCGUUUUCAAUUAAAUCAAGUUGACAGCACGUGGGGGCAAAUCAAACAGAAAUGAGCUGUUGAAUAGCUGUCAAGGAUUAGAUAGAAGCUUCCAGCCCAUUUGCGCGCGGAUAUUGAAGGCCGCCAAUAUUAAAAGAAGGCAUCAGGGCCGGAAGCGAACGUGCAUGAACUUAAAUCUAGAGGCUAAUGUAACAGAGACAACCACAGCCACAGGCACAGCUACAGGGGCUGAAGAUGACAACACACAUCCAGUUGACGGAAACAGUUUGAGUCGCACUCAUCAAUUACCCCUUCCAGCGGGCACCUGCGCUGCUUCUCUGCCUAUUAAAGUCGGAGCUAACCAAACAGCAGGCUGUUAGGCAACAGACGAUAGCAACAGGUCGUCAGAGCUUUGCUUAGAGACCCAACCCCAAGCACAUAAGUGGCCAUCUACGUGACUUUAUCAGCACACGCAGCUGGAGCCGCAGUCAAGCGCUUAACUGAAGAGCUUCGCACAAGGUGGAGGCGGCACAUUAACCAGCAGAUUGGGGCUGAUUUACUGGAUGUGUGAACAGCUAGAAUAAUGAAUAUUUGCAGCAGUCCGGCAUCACAGCGAAUCCGUAACCGUAUCCACAAACAGUGAGAAUCAUGACCGAUGUGUCUGCGGCAGCCGAUGGGGUCGCCGGUGGCGCCUGCGAGCGAGCACGCACAACAAACUCAGAGGCGCCAGCUGAGUCUGCGUCCAUAACAACGUCUACUUCAGUGUCCACGAAACCACUAAUCAAUGGUGCCAAAAAGGCGACAACAACAGCAGGAACAGGAACAGCAGGAACAGCAAUGGCAACCACAAGCAAUCAAGCCAAAUUGGAGCGUCACUUGCAGAGCAACAACAAUCAACAUGCAGCCGCAGAAAUGCCAACUUCGCCGUCGUCGUCGGCAAUGCCAUCGCAGGCAUCGCAGCCAUCGCAGCCAUCGCAGCCGUCGCAACCUUCGCUGCCCAAGCCAAAGGUUUCCGCUGACAGCGAACCGUGUGGACCUGCGGCCAGUGAUAAUUCGAGUGGCGCGUCUACUUCUUUGGCGUCCGCCAAGUGCAGCAGCAAGCAAGAUGUUGACGAGGUGGCCCGCCUGUUUGAGGAGAAGCCCGAGGCGUUUGAGAAAUGGCUAACGGAACGUGCCCCGCCUGAGGCGCUGAGUCGCCUGCACGAGUUCAUUGAGAGCCGUAAGCCGCACAAACGGCCCUCGGUCACAUCGGAUUUGUUCCAGCAGUGGAUGGCCUCGCCCGUUGUGCAGCAGAAGUCACCGCGCAAGCUUUCCAAUUCAUCGGUGCAUGCGCUGCCCGAAAGUCGACGCCAUUUGAUGGAACUGGACGAGGGUGAGCUCUUCAUGGAGCUGAUACGCGACGUGGCCAAUGAGCUGGACAUUGAUGUGCUCUGCCACAAGAUAUUGGUCAACGUCGGCCUGCUGACCCAUGCGGAUCGGGGAUCCCUUUUUCUGGCCAAGGGCACCCCCAACAACAAGUAUCUGGUGGCCAAACUGUUUGACGUCACACAAAAGACAGCUCUCAAGGAUGCGGUGACGCGGGCGCGAGCCGAAGAAAUUAUUAUACCAUUUGGCAUUGGCAUCGCUGGCAUGGUGGCGCAAACAAAGGAGAUGAUUAACAUCAAGGAGGCAUACAUGGAUGCGCGCUUCAAUUGCGAAAUCGAUCUAAAGACCGGCUACAAAACGAACGCCAUACUCUGCAUGCCCAUUUGCAAUUACGAGGGCGACAUCAUAGGCGUGGCACAAAUCAUCAAUAAAACGAAUGGCUGCAUGGAAUUCGAUGAGCACGAUGUGGAAAUAUUUCGCAGAUAUUUAACAUUCUGCGGCAUUGGCAUACAGAAUGCACAGCUUUUCGAAAUGUCCGUCCAGGAGUAUAGGCGCAAUCAAAUCCUUUUGAAUCUGGCGCGCAGCAUCUUCGAGGAGCAGAACAAUCUCGAGUGCCUUGUCACCAAAAUCAUGACCGAGGCCCGUGAGCUGCUCAAAUGUGAACGCUGCUCGGUAUUUCUGGUGGAUCUGGACUGCUGCGAGGAGAGCCAUUUGGAGAAGAUAAUCGAGAAGCCUCAUCAACUGGAGCAGCGCGCCACGCGUGCCAUUAAAGGCGGCGACAGCUUUGAGGAGAAGCAAAAGAUGCGCAAUCGUUUCACAGUUCUCUUCGAGCUGGGUGGCGAAUCUCAGGCGGCAAACGUAUCCAGGCCCUCCAUCAAUGAUCUGAGCCACUCGACACUGGCGCAGAUCGCACAAUUUGUGGCCACCACCGGACAAACGGUGAACAUUUGCGAUGUUCACGAUUGGGUCAGGGAGCACAAUCAAAUACGCGCCGAGGGAGAGAUCGAUAGCACACAUGCCAUACUCUGUAUGCCCAUUGUGAAUGCACAGAAGACGGUCAUAGGCGUGGCACAAUUGAUAAACAAGGCGAGCGGUUUGCCCUUCACCGAAUCGGAUGCCUCCAUAUUUGAGGCGUUCGCCAUAUUCUGCGGACUUGGCAUACACAACACACAGAUGUAUGAGAACGCCUGCAAGCUGAUGGCCAAGCAGAAGGUGGCGCUGGAGUGCCUCAGCUAUCAUGCCACGGCCGGUCAGGAUCAGACGGAGAAGCUCAUACAGGAUCCCAUUGCCGAGGCGGAGACGUACAAUUUGUACAGCUUCACCUUCACGGACUUUGACCUGGUCGAUGAUGACACUUGUCGUGCAGUACUGCGCAUGUUCAUGCAAUGCAACCUAGUCUCACAGUUCCACAUUCCCUACGAUGUGCUCUGUCGCUGGGUGCUGAGCGUACGCAAAAAUUAUCGUCCCGUCAAGUAUCACAACUGGCGGCAUGCUCUAAACGUGGCUCAGACAAUGUUUGCCAUGCUGAAGACGGGCAAAAUGGAACGUUUUAUGACCGAUCUGGAGAUACUUGGCCUGCUGGUGGCCUGUUUAUGUCACGAUCUCGAUCAUCGCGGCACCAACAAUGCAUUCCAAACCAAAACCGAAUCCCCAUUGGCUAUACUCUAUACCACCAGCACCAUGGAGCAUCAUCAUUUCGAUCAGUGUGUUAUGAUACUCAACUCCGAGGGCAACAAUAUAUUCCAGGCGCUGUCGCCCGAAGAUUACCGCAGUGUUAUGAAGACUGUCGAAAGCGCUAUACUUUCCACCGAUUUGGCAAUGUAUUUUAAGAAGCGUAACGCAUUUCUCGAAUUAGUUGAAAACGGCGAAUUUGACUGGCAGGGUGAGGAGAAGAAAGAUUUACUGUGCGGCAUGAUGAUGACGGCCUGCGAUGUAAGUGCCAUAGCCAAGCCCUGGGAGGUUCAGCAUCGCGUGGCCAAGCUGGUGGCAGAUGAGUUCUUCGACCAGGGCGAUUUGGAGAAGCUGCAGCUAAACACGCAGCCGGUGGCCAUGAUGGACAGGGAACGCAAGGAUGAGCUGCCCAAAAUGCAGGUGGGAUUCAUUGAUGUCAUUUGUUUGCCGCUCUAUCGCGUAUUAUGCGACACAUUCCCAUGGAUAACGCCGCUGUACGAGGGCACGCUGGAGAAUCGACGCAACUGGCAGGACUUAGCUGAAAAGGUGGAAAUGGGCCUCACCUGGAUCGAUCAUGAUACGAUUGACAAGCCAGUGGAGGAGUUUGCCGGCUGUGCCGAUGAGGAAAUCAAGGACAUUGAGUUCACAGUGACCACGCUCAACUGCAAUCAGCAGUCGCAGCAUGGCGGCGACGAUAGCCACACGCCGGAGCAUCAGCGCAGCGGCUCACGGCUAAGCAUCAAAAAGACCGGCGCCCUGGGCAAAGUAGUGCGCUCCAAGCUAUCAAAGACGCUUUACAACAGCAUGGAUGGCUCCAAGCCGAAAACAUCGCUCAAACUGCUCGAGUCGCAUGUCAGCGAGGAUAUGGAUGACAAGAGUCCGACAAGCCCAUCUCAGCCGCAUUUGGGCAGCGUUGGGCGGAUGUCGGCAUCAUCAUCCACAUCGUCUGCCGGCACCGUCGACAAGAGCAAGAAACGCUCCAAGCUGUGCGCGUUAUUAUGACGAAAACCCUCCAAUUAGAGUUUGCUGACCCCCUCCAGUGCGGCUGGCAGUGAGACUGACAAAAGCGGAGGGGGGCUGACCGACUUCUAAUUGCCUGAACCUGGCUGGACAGUGUGCUAAGCAACAAAUGCCAGCCAGAAAUCCUUAAAUUCAACAACUUAAAUGACAUUGUCUUAACUAACUACUAUAGUAUCUAAUUUAUGUGCAGUUCAAGUUGAAUGAAUACCUUUUUUGGUUACUCUACGUGUAUAUGCCUAUAAGUAGAGAACAACACACACAAACAUACCCAAACAGCAGAGAUAAUUGCAAUAUUAUACCUAAGUGAAUGUCAAAUCAUGUGAUCUAUUUAAGGUCCUAAAGGUCAAAGCGCAUGCGCGUUAUGCCUUUUGGUAUACUCUCUCCUUCUCUCUAACUCUCUAUUGGAAUCUGCGAAUUACCUGUAAGCUCUUAGGUGUUUGUACUCCGCUCUCCAGCUAAAACCAAACACUAUAUCUAAAUAGAUUAUCAAUAUUAAGUAGUUCUCUUUCGUAAUCGAAACCGUGCUAGUCAAGCGUAUGAAAUACCAACUAUAUAGCAUAUACACAUACAUGCAAUCACACGUAUGUUUAUAGUAUGUGUAACCUUGUGUAGGUUUAAGCAUGAAAUUUAAUGAGGCUAUCACACAUAUAACAUAUAUUGGCUAUCAAGGUUAAUGUACCCAAAAACUAUUACAACUAGUCCGCAUGUGAUAUCUACAUACACGUGUUGUACUCAACCUAUGGUAACUUGUGGUUAAAGCUUUUACUAUCUAGAUGGCAUAACUAAUUAAAAUACAAUCUACACUAAAUUAACAAUUAACUAUAGUAAAGCACAAUUUGUGUGUUAAAUAGCAACACGCAAUUAACCUACUCAUAUAUGUUUAGCCAAACAACCAGAACUUGUGAAGAAUAUAAACUAUAGCAAUAUUAUAUGAUAUUUCUAGACUAGCUAAAUUACCUACCUAUAUAUCUAUAUAUAAAAAAAAAAUCAAAAGACACUCAAAUAAAUAUGGUAUGUACUUUGUCGUUUGUGAGCACAGCACAGGAUGGAAAUAUUGUAAAAUUCAAACAUACCAACGUUUAAAUAUUAAAAAAAAAAAAAUAAUAAUAAAUAUAAUAAUGAAAAAUUUAUUGUAGAGACAAAAAUAAACACAUAUAAAAUGCGUUGCGUGGCGUCAAUUUUGUCAAUUUUUGAAUUCAACUCAAAUCUAAAUGGCAGUUUAAGCAAAUCGUUAGUAUAUUCUAUUAGCACCUAUUCAAUUAGUGAUUAACUAUUUAUAUUAACUAAAAGAUAUGCGCACUUUUGUGUAUCCCAAUCUCUCUAUCCGUCAGAGCAAAGUUGCAAAGAAUCUUACUUUAUGUGUGUAUAAAGCGGUCAAGUAUAUAGCGUAUUCUAAAAAUAUAUACUCAUAGAAAUAUAUAUAUAAAUAUAUCUAUAUGUAUGGGACACUUGUAAUUGUUAACAACUAAUUGCUAAUGCUUAAAUGUAAAUUAUAGGCACCUCAUUAUUUGUGUAACUGCAGCAAAACAGUUGCAACAAAAGCAAAAAGGAAGAGAAAAAAAACGAAAUACUAUUUUUCUAACUAUUCUGUCGCGCCAUUUGAGAAUCAAAAUCCAGACAACUUUAUGAACAAACUUUAGAACUUGUUUAUGAGUUUUUUUUCAAUUGCUUUGCUUGGAAAACCACCUCAAUUGGUUUUCAAGGAUUAUGUAGUUUUAUAAAUGCCAACCAUAUGGUUAUAAGUAUGAACACAAACACAAUCAGAAAUUAGAGUACGCUUCAAAUGUCCUUUGUCUUUUGUCCUUUGGCACUCACCCAAACUCUUCUUGGAAAGUAACCCAUUUUGUGUAUAUAAACAAAUUUUGAGUUGAUUUCGAAACAAUGAAAAAAUUAGUAGGCCGCAUUGCAAUCGCAGUUUAUGCGAAGUCCUCCUGCGUUUGAUGGCCUCAUCAUUCUUAUAAGUUUGCUGGAAUUUAUUGAAAUUUUAUUAAUUUGUGUAAUUACAUAUGUAAGAGAAUGCAAUUGAAUCAAAAAUAAAUCACACCAUUGAAAAUUCUAAAAA